CUGGAUGAAGAGUGCCUGAGAGACUGACAGUCCACGUUCCCUAAGAUGGAGAAGACAGAUGCCAAAGACCAGUCCUCUCAGGGGGAGGAAGAGAAAGACCCUCCAAAGAGCCACCCCUAUUCUGUGGAGACCCCGUAUGGCUUUCAUUUAGACCUGGACUUCCUCAAGUAUGUGGAUGAUAUUGAGAAGGGAAACACCAUCAAAAGGAUUCCUAUCCACAGAAGGGCCAAGCAGGCCAAGUUUAGCACUUUGCCCCGCAACUUCAGCCUUCCCGACAGUAGGGCUCGUCCCCACGCCGCUCUUCACCACCAAAACUGGUCCCCCAUGGUGCCAAGGAAGGUGCCACUGGGGACAGAGGAGCGCGCCCAGUCAUUGCCACCUGGUGAACACGUGCAAGCCUCCGGCAGCGGGGGUGAGGUGAGCUACCACAGGAAGGCCCUGCUGGCGGAGACAGCCAGACACUUGGAGGCUGCAGCCCCCAGCGAGGCCGAGCUGGCCUCUGGGAGUGCACGGCCCCAGCUCUUGAGGGCAUCCAGCAUGCCAGCCACACUGCUGCAAAACAGGGCCUCAGAGGACCCAAGUCUAAACUCAGGUUCCCCCACACCUCCUGCCCUCCCUCCCCUUCAUGGUGAAGGCGGCGUCUGUGAUGACACCUUUGGCCCUGCAGAUGGAUUUACAGGCUUUCAAAACUCCACCCCACGAGCAACAACUCAGCCCAAAGUCAGAGAGCUUGGGGACCUGGUGCCAGGAAUCCCAGAGCUGGUCCAGGAGGGCACUGAGCCUCCAGAGGAUGCAGAUGAAGAGGAGGCUCCAAAUCACCUCUCUUUUCCAAGUCCUCCCUUCUCAUCCCAGGAUGCACUUGUAGUUCUCAAGGAUGAAGAUGAACACAAAACCCGAGAAGCAGAGGUAGUGGUCUCCCCUGGCUCUCCAACGCCAAGCCCCCCACCCCUGCCAUCACCCAUCCCUGAGAACGAGAUCCCCCUAGAAGAAAUAGAGCUCAACAUCAGCGAGAUCCCACCCCCACCCCCUGUGGAGAUAGACAUGAGGAGCAUUGGUGUCCGGGUCACCGAGGAAAGCCUGGGCCUCCCCACAACGGAUCCCGGAAGCAUCUCCAGCCUGAAACAACAGCUGUCUGCCCUCGAGAGUGAGCUGUCUGGAAGAACCGAGGAACUGGCCCAGGUCAGAGCUGCCCUCCAGCAGCAGGAGGAGGAAAUCAAGGCUAGAGGCCAGAGGAUUCAAGAGCUCGAGUGCACCGUAGCUCAACUGGCAGAUAAGCUCAGCCGUGAGAACACCAAAGAUGCUCAGGGCCAGACUGACGCCAUGGUCAACACUGACCCCAUCGAUGGACUCUGGGCCAAGUUGCUGUGUGACAAGAGCACUGAGGUCAGCCUUCUGGGCAGCACAAGAUCUGAAAGUUGGAGGGCCGGAGGAGAGGAGAAUGGGCCAUUAUGGGCGCAGGACAGCCACAAACCAGGGGACUGGAGCCCAGCAGAAUUCACGCCACCAUCUCAGCUCUCACUGCCACAAGGACCCGAGAUGGUCCUCACUCCCUCUUUACAUAGCUGCCUCUCCACUGAGCUGAGGAUCGAAGAAACCGGCCCCGAGCAGGAGGGAGGCCCUCAGGUGGGAGCUGAGGGUCUGGGCAAGGGAGCAGGAGGCUCUCCGUGGAGCAGUGACAGAAAGAUUCCCCCGGCAGGGAGGGAGGAGGCCAGUUCAGAGCUGCCAGGGAAGGAGAGCCCAGGGAGGCCACCAAGCUCGCCCACAGAUGCCACUCUUGGGCAAUAUGUUAAGAAGAUCCAGGAACUCCUGCAGGAGCAAUGGAGCUGCCUGGAGCACGGGUACCCAGAGCUGGCCAGCGCCAUCAGGCAGCCUGCCUCCAAGCUCAGCAGCAUCCAGAGCCAGCUGCUCAGCUCCCUCAACCUGCUGCUGUCUGCCUACUCGACCCACACUCCGCCCCAGAAGGAGCCCCCGGCCACCGCCUCCUCCCCGCCGAUGGAGAUCUCCCCGUCGACCAGCCUUAAAUCCAUAAUGAAAAAGAAAGACUAUGGCUUCCGUGCAGGAGGUAAUGGGACCAAAAAGAACCUUCAGUUUGUUGGGGUUAACGGUGGCUAUGAGACCACCUCGAGCGAGGAGACCAGCGGUGAGGACAGCUCCCUGGAAGACUUGUCUGACAGCGAGACUGAGAAGAAAUGUGAUGGCCCAGAACACAGGCGUGGCAAGGAGGCCCACCUCAGCUGCAAGGCCGGGCAGGCCAUCCGCGAGGGCACCAGCACCUCAGGCCAGGACGGUGGGCCUGGGGAAGAACCCCCCCAUCCCAAGGCUGAGAGAUAUAAGCCUUCAGAAGAAUUCCUCAGUGCAUGCCGGGCAUUGAGCCAACAUCUUCCAGAAAGUGGGGCCACCACGGACCAACGCUUGAGGCAGAGCUUGAACACCAUCAGUCAGGAGUGGUUCCGCGUGUCCAGCAGGAAGUCGUCUAGCCCUGCCGUGGUGGCAGCCUACCUCCGUGGGGUCCAGCCCCACUCCCCGCACUUCCUGAAGCUGCUUGUGAACAUGGCAGAUGGCAACGGGAACACGGCUCUUCACUACAGCGUGUCUCACUCCAACUUCUCUGUCGUGAAGCUGCUGCUGGAGACAGGUGUCUGCAAUGUUGACCAUCAGAACAAAGCUGGCUACACUGCCGUGAUGAUCACUCCCUUGGCUUCUGCAGAGACCGACGAAGACAUGGCUGUCGUCUGGAAGCUCUUAAGAGAAGGAAAUGUGAACAUCCAAGCUACUCAGGGAGGCCAGACUGCCCUGAUGCUGGGGGUCAGCCACGACAGGGAGGACAUGGUCCAGGCACUGCUGAACUGCCAGGCAGAUGUCAACCUGCAGGACCACGACGGAUCGUCGGCCCUCAUGCUGGCCUGUCACCAUGGCAACAUCGACAUGGUGCGGCUGCUCCUGGCACACCCGGCCUGCAACAGCAGCCUGACCGACAAGGCUGGCCGAACGGCUCUGUCCAUCGUUCUGAAAUCACCCGCCCAUGUGGAAAUUGCAGGGCUUCUGCGGGCCCACGCAGAGCAGGGCAGGUCCCUGGGGCCUUAGGGGCUAAGAAGAACUGGCAGCUGGGAACAAAAGACUCCUUCUCUGGACUCCUCCUAGGCCCUUGGAGAGGGCAUGGGUCAAAGCCAGAGGGCCGCCCUUCAAGAGAAGAAACUAUGACAAAUAUGCACAUACAUUCCUGUUAUAUAAUUCUGCUCAUUAGAAUGCUUUGUAGUUUUUGCCUUAGGCCAAGCCCCAAAACUCCACAGGCUGCAGAGCAGGGUAUAAGGUGCAGGGUGCAUCAGUGUUGUCUAAAAAUCCCAAACAUCUUCAGCCUUGGAUUCCUCAUGACUCUCUCCCUUGUAAGCACCAUGUAGCGAGCAGACAGGCAGGAGCACAUUAGCAAAGCAAUAUUUUUUACAUGGAAUUUUAAAGUGCACCAUCUUUUUGUUUUUUAAUCAGUUACAUGAAUAUGUCCCAUUGAAUAUGCAUGCCUCGAGAGGAUUGGGCGGGGUGGGGGUGGGGGGCUUGGGGGGAGUUGGAUUUAAGCAGCCACCCUGGCAAUCAUUCUCUAGAGGACCCUAGGAAAAUCAGCAUACUGAUGGCUGAAACUGAACAAACCCAAUCUGGGGCCUUUGUUUAGCUGGGGUUGAUAGAGAAAUCUUAAAUUCAGGCAAAGUAGGAAGAGCAUAUUGGUAUCAAUGCCAGGUGUACAGUCUUGACCAUUUCUGAGUCAUUAAGUGGCCCCAGUUUGCACUAGGGAAAUUGGAAUAUAUUAGGAAAUUUUAUCCAGUGAAGCACACCACAUGUAUUUAGGCAGAGUCUAGUUACAUCAGCUAUUCUGAAUCUAUGAAAGAAACAAAUGGGAGUGAGCAUCCUCCUGGGGACAGGCUGUUGUCAUCCAGAAGCCACCACAUUUCCUCUAGAGCCAUAUCUAUGGCCUCAUGGGAGUCCUGGUCCCUUUCCCCUCCUAGACCUAGCCAUGUGCAUGGCUUCUAUUCAGUAACUCACAUAAAGUUAUCUAUGAAUUUGUUCUUAAAGUCUUUUAUGCAAAAAAAGAAAAAAUCCUGUUUAUAUAAAAAGAAAAGACAUCAAAAUUUGGUGAGCCUCACCCUAGAAUCUCAAAACCUUGAGUUCUCAUUUUGACUAAUAUGUCAAUAUGCUUGGUGUCCCUUGGGGGAGUCACAAGACCUCCUUGGGCCCUGGUUUCAUCAUCUCCAAAGAAAGGAAAUCCUCAUACAACCUAUCUCCUGGGGAUGUUGUACAAGGAACAGCUGAUGGAAGUUUGGGAAUCCAAUUUGUAACCCAUAACGACUGUCUACAGAAAUGGCGCAGCAAACUUCCGUAUGCUGUUGGGAUUCAUGAGCGCCUCAAAGUCCCAGAGCAGGACACUGACACGUGACAGUGUUGCUCAGAGGUAGAGAGAAUGGAGCAAAUAAUGAGCUACAAAUACUUUAAGUGGAUUUACUUUGACCUCAAAGCACAUUUUAAGGGCAAAACCCCAUCUUAAAAAAAUGUUCCAAUCCAGUGCUUCUCAAACUUUGAUAUGCAUACAAUCACUUGCAGGUCUUAUUAGGGUGCAGUAGGUCUGAGGGGAAGGGAGCUGCGAGUCUACACUUCUAACCAGUUCUCAGGGGAUGCUAAUGUUCCUGGGCCCCACCACACUUGGAGUAGCAAGGCUCUGGCCUGGCCUGACUGUUUAUAUAUUAAAAUGCUGCCCCUCAA